AUGAUAGACAUGCUCCCCCACGACUGCAAAACCCAAUUACUAGCUGCGUAUAACAGACUAUGGUUUGAAUCUGCGUACGCGGACGACUGGACCAAAUCCGUCGUUGUACCAAUAUACAAAGGUAAAGGAGAGCGAACGAACCCGGGAAACUAUCGGCCAAUAUUUCUAAAUAGCUGCUUAGGAAAAGUUUUCGAGCGUAUGGUAAAUAAUCGGCUGGUACACAUUCUGGAGUCAAACGAACUACUUCAUGAACACCAGUACGCUUUUCGUAAAGGAAGGACCACGGUGGAUCACCUAGGCGAAAUGGACAUCACAAUACGACACGCUUUGAACAAAAACGAAUACGUACAGGCAGUCUUUCUAGACAUUACGAAAGCGUACGAUACAACAUGGCGCAGAUUAGUGCUUGAGAAGCUGCGUAGCUGGAACAUUGGAGGAGAGAUGUUACGGUACCUGUACAAAUCCCUGCAGAAAAGAACGUUCAGAGUUCGAGCCAACGGCCAGUUGUCAGAGGAGAAAAUGAUGGAAACAGGUUUAUGUCAGGGAUCAGUUCUCAGCGUUACCCUAUUUCUCGUAGCCAUCGACACGAUCAAAGAAAAUUUGCCCGCAGGAGUAAAACUACUGUUAUAUGCCGACGAUGUCGUCCUGAUAGCAUCAGGGACGGACCAAAAAAGAGUAACUGCCAAUCUACGAAAAGCCCUAUGUGAAAUCCAGAAAUGGCAGCAGCGUUCAGGUUAUCGUAUAUCAGCAGAAAAAAGCGUUACAAUGGCAUUCAGAAAACCUAAAACCAGAAGAAGUGGCGAAGCGAACAAGCUACGGUUAAACAACCAAACCAUACCGCGAAGAAAUCAUUAUAGAUGUCUGGGGACGUCAUGCUUACAAUUUAAAACGCACGUGGAGGAAUUGAAAACAUCGGUCCAACAACGACUAUUAGUAUUGCAGAGCGUGGCAAGAAGAAACUGGGGCGGAGAUAGAACCACACUCACAAAAAUAUACAAGGCGUGUAUACUGGAAAAAAUCUUAUACGCAGCCCCAAUAGUAGCAGCGAUGAGUGACACAAAUACCAAACUACUGGAAACAGUUCACAAUCGCGGACUGCGAGCAAUAUGUGGUGGCUUCCACACAAGUCCAAUAGCGAGUCUUCAAGUGGAAACAGGUAUCCCCGGUCUUCGUACACUACUAGAUCAAAGAACUGCGAUCUAUACAGCCAAACGAAUGGCUAAGGACGAACAAAAAAGAAAGCAGGAAAUUGAUAUCACGACCAGAGUCGAAUCUACAGACCCUGAAGACAUCCUUGACGACAGCACAAGCAACCCUAGCUCGGGAGAUCUAUGGGACAACAGACCAGCACGAAGUUUAAACACCGUUUUGGAUCGAGGAGCAGAAAUAAUAAACGACUUAGGCAUCGAGCUGCCUCCAAUCAACAUCCUUUUAAAUCCAAAGUGCCCACCAUGGAAUAGGACAAAACUACCGGUUGACAAAUUUCUACUGCACUGUCUGAGAAAUGGGGCAUCGUCAGCUGAACUAAGCAUGCAAUUCGCAAACAGGAUUGCUACACGAUACCGAUUCUACCGUACAAUAUACACCGACGGUUCGAAACGAGGCUCCAGAUGCGGAUACAGCAUGGUCACCAGAGAAACUGUAAUCAGGAAACGAAUAAACGACAUGAGCAGCAUCUUUGCAGCUGAAAGUCUUGCUAUCCAAGAGGCAUUAUCAUGGGUGGCAAGUCAGGAACGGGUGGGGGCUUACCUUAUCUGUACAGACUCCCUCAGUGUGAUUACGGCAUUAGAAACGUACAAAAUUAAAAGUAAUUGGCGAGACGACAUCGCAAAUAGCUAUCGAAAAGCGACUAGCAAAGGGACGGCGGUUCAUUUCUGUUGGGUACCAAGUCAUAGCGGCCUUCAUGGCAACGAGAGAGCCGACAGGGAAGCCAAGCGAGCUCUAGAACAACAAGAAGUGUUAAACAUCGCCAUCGACAUAAAGGAGAUUAAAAGGGUGAUGAAAACGGCAUCUUUAUCCAAGUGGCAAUCAGCAUGGAUAGUUACAAGAAACAACAAACUAAGGGAAAUUAAAAACUCUGUUUUGCCGUUCAGGGAAGCUGUUAUCGGUACCAGAAGAGAUGACGUAGCACUAGCGAGACUACGUAUUGGUCACACGAAAUUUACCCACCAGUACCUAUUAGAAAAGGAAGAUCCACCCCAUUGCCGAAGAUGCAACGCGCGACUGACAGUAAAACAUAUAGUGGCAGAAUGUCCUUUACUAGACGAAGAACGAAAAAAAGAGAACGUUCCAGCUAACAUCAGAGAAGCGUUAGCAGAUGAUAAAAUCAGGGCUACUAAUUUGUUAAACUUUUUCAAAAAUAUUAGGUUAUACAAUGAAAUCUGA